GCCUCUCUGAAGUUUGCAGUUAUUUCCUUUCCAGCCUGCCCUUAUCUCCGUCUGCACGUUGCCUCUCGGUGACUAAUAACACAAUAACAUUGUCUUAGGAUAAAAUAAAGUCGGAGCUGUUUACCCGCUCUAUGGGGGUUCAAUAUAAAAAGGAGCCAGAGAGCUGUCCAAGCCAGACGCGCUUUCGCAUCUGCACUGGAGGAGUAGCUGAAAGGAUCCUCAGGUUUCCUGGUGCUUCUUACUGGAUGAUUACAGCAUUUUCAGACCUUUUCACUUGCCCUCUCUCCAGGCAGAGACCGUCUUCUCCGGGGCACUUAGACUGAAAAGAUAACUUUGGGUCUGAAUGAUCAGAAGUAGUUCGGGGAACUGAAAUAAUACUUUUCGUUCGUUUAGUUUGGGUUGUCAGAGGUGAUAUUUGAUCGCUUUCAGAAUGGAUUAUUUCCAGAUGAUUUUUUCUCUGCUGUUUGUGGUUUUCCAAGGCGCUCUGGAGACAGCGGUUCUGGGCGCUGAUCUCAGCACUGGAAUUGGGACUGGGGUAGAGGUGCAUCCUCCCCCUGCCCCCUGGCGACCGCGCCGGACCAAACGUUGCUCCUGCUCCUCCUUGUUGGAUAAAGAAUGCGUUUACUUCUGCCACCUGGACAUCAUCUGGAUCAACACACCCGAGCACACUGUUCCCUAUGGGCUUGGAGGCCCUUCCAGAUCCAAGCGUGCGCUGCAAGAUUCAUUCCCUGCGAAGCAAUCAGACGGCAACAAUAGAUGCCAGUGUGCCAACCAAAAAGACAAGAAGUGUUGGGACUUCUGCCAGGCGGGAAAGGAACUCUGGGCCCAGAACACCCUGGAGAAAGGUCGGAAACAACUUAAGAAAGGUGAACAAUGUGCAGAUCUCGGGCUUAAGUGUGUGUACUGGCAGCUGGUGAACAGGAGAAAGAUGAGAAGGAUGGAGGCCAUCGGUAAUCGCAUCAAAGCGGCCUUUAACUUUGCAAAGCUGAAAGCGGAGCUGCACAUGGCGAAGAAGGUGACGCAUAACCGGGCACAUGAAAAACAGAACAUCUGGGAAAGUCUGAAGACAACAUCUUAGUUGAGAAAUGGGCUGCGUGUAAUCCUCAGAUGCUCUUCAGGACUGGUUGGCAAAGCGUGGCAGAAUCUCCGCUCUGACUUUUACUCGUUCCAGGCUGGCAAGGGUCCAAGGACUCUUAUGCUGAACAUUCCAAGACAGGUAGAGGAGACCGUAGCCCCUGCCUUCGUUGGGUUUCACCAGCAGAGAAGUGCUUUGCCCCUCCUCACCCAGGAAUGUAAAUGGAUGGGUUACAUGGGACCAAUCCGGGAGAAAACAAAGACAAAGUAACAUACAUUCAUUAGUGAUGCAUCUUGUCAGGAGAAGAGAAGACACAUUUGGAGAGGUUCGAAAGGGAGUGUGUUUGUGUGUGUGUGUGUGUCUGUCUGUGUGUCUGACUCAUCCGUCUGGCAGAUUUCAGGGAGAAACCAAAAAGCUCCAUGAGAAGAUUUUGCAAGGAAUGCACAAAUUGGAAACAUACGUCGCGGAAAGAAACCAACAUUAGAAAUGAAAGACUUCUUUUUUUUUAAUUCAUAAAAAUGCAAAACUGAAAGACAUUGUACUACUGUAUAUCAGGAUGUGUUUUGUGUAAACGAGUCUACCUCACCUUUAUUGCACUCCUGCAGAAGUAUUUUCCCACCUUGUUUUGCCUUUACUUUAUCACUCCCCACAAAAACCACCUUACCUAGCUCAGUGGCAGACAUCAUAAUUUGGUGAUGAUCUACUUGGAUCUGUAAAAGUAAGGUCACUAGAUCGGGUAAUUCCCUUAAUUGGUUGUUUGUUGUAAAUGUGCCAGUAAAGAGUUGUUUAUGGGUGACACUGAAAGGUGAAAAUUGGGUGAAUUUUGAGAGCAGCAGAUUUAUUUACUUUAUUGGAACUGGCUAAAGAAGUUCGGAUUAAAUUUUGUGACAUACUUAUUUUUUUAAUGAUAUUUAUAUUCAGACAGUCUAUUCCUUAUAUUUACCAUGUUAAAUAUAUGUGAGGACAGGCCAUAUUGGUCUAUGCAUGUUUUAUGUAUUUCUGAAUGAAAUUGAGAAAUGCUUUUUGCCUGUCAAGGUAAUUGACGCUAAAAAUAAAUAUUUUUCCCUAUUGAA